CGGUGCGCUUCCGCGGUGCGUGAGCGGGCCCGGCACCUGAGCUGGUGAGCGCGGCUUCCUGGUCUGUUUUAAUUCCUUUUCUCUCGUUGUUUGUGUAGCGGGGCCACACUUGUUCUCCGCCGGGGGUCGCGGAGUGCCCUGGACUAGGGCGCCUCGCUGCGGUCUGGGGGCUGGUGGUGGGACCCUGGUGUCUCUAAAGGCCUUUCCCCCGAGAAACCGUCGCAGAGAGCGCGUCCCCGGUACGCCCCGUCACCGGGGUAACUAAGGACUUUCCUAACUUCACAACGUGGGGACCCGAGACCUUGCCUGCACCCGACCUGGUUCUGUCCGGCUCUGUGAAACUUUCUGCUGUUCUGAAAAAUACGAAGGCGUCUCCUUUGGUCACCUAUCACUGCAUCCAUGGCCGCCAUGCAGAUGGAUCCCGAGCUUGCCAAGAGCCUCUUCUUUGAAGGGGCCACUGUAAUAAUCUUGAAUGUGCCCAAGGGGACAGAGUUUGGCAUUGAUUACAACUCCUGGGAGGUGGGGCCCAAGUUCCGGGGUGUGAAGAUGAUUCCACCAGGCAUCCACUUCCUCCACUACAGCUCAGUGGACAAGGCCAAUCCCAAGGAUGUAGGCCCUCGUAUGGGCUUCUUCCUUUCCCUGCAGCAGCGGGAGCUGACGGUCCUGCGCUGGAACUCAGCCCGAGAAGAGGUAGACCUUUCCCCAGCCCCAGAGGCCGAAGUGGAGGCCAUGAGGGCCAACCUCCAGGACCUAGACCAGUUUCUGGGGCCUUACCCAUAUGCCACGCUCAAGAAGUGGAUCUCACUCACCAGCUUCAUCAGUGAGGCAACAAUGGAGAGGCUGCAGCCUGAGAGCCGGCAGAUCUGUGCCUUCUCAGAGGUGUUGCCUGUGCUUUCCCUGAAGCACACCAAGGACCGGGUGGGGCAGAAUCUACCCCGCUGUGGCACUGAGUGCCAAAGCUACCAGGAAGGCCUGGCCCGGCUGCCUGAGAUGAAGCCCAAAGCCGGGACAGAGAUCCGCUUCUCAGAGCUGCCCACACAGAUGUUCCCAGCAGGCGCCACGCCGGCAGAGAUAACCAGGCACAGCAUGGACCUGAGCUACGCCCUGGAGACUGUGCUCAGCAAGCAGUUUCCCAGCAGCCCCCAGGAUGUACUCGGUGAGCUCCAGUUUGCCUUUGUGUGCUUCCUGCUGGGGAACGUGUACGAGGCUUUCGAGCACUGGAAGCAGCUCCUGAACCUGCUGUGCCGCUCCGAGGAAGCCAUGGUGAAGCACCACACCCUCUACGUGAACCUCAUCUCCAUCCUGUACCACCAGCUCGGCGAGAUCCCCCCUGACUUCUUUGUGGACAUCGUCUCCCAGAACAACUUCCUCACCAGCACGCUGCAGGUUUUCUUUUCCUCGGCCUGCAGCAUUGCUGUGAAUGCCACCCUGAGGCAGAAAGCUGAGAAGUUCCAAGCUCACUUGACCAAGAAAUUUCGGUGGGACUUUGCCGCGGAGCCUGAGGACUGCGCCCCGGUGGUUGUGGAGCUCCCCGAAGGGGUGGGGACUGGCUAACUGGGAAGACACCUUCCCACACAGCUGCAGCCUGACCUCUCUGCUCACCCCUUUUCCUGGGCCUGCCGAGAUGGUUCGGCAGAGACGGAGCCAGAAUUCCCUCCUUCACCACUACAUACAUUCCUUUAGUGCCAAAGGGGCUGCAUCAGCCUGGCCUUGGUGCUACCUGACUGACUGCCAGGUGGACUCUUACAGAAGCUCUUGGGAGAGACCUGCCUCAGCAAGCAACCUACUUCCUUCUGAAUAGAACGGAUUGCAUAUUCCACAGGAUGAUUAGAAAGAAACCCUGAACUGUCGAGGGGUCAGAGAUGUCCGUUGGUGACUUUUUAAGUUAAGCAGAGGGCAGAGGGAGAUGAGCCAGAAUUUCAGCCUGCCUCUUGUUGAAUGGGGAUACAUCGCAGAAAACAUGGCCAUGUGACCCCUCAGGAGCCCCAGACUGGGGAGGGCGUAACACAGAAGACAGUUGGGAUGUAUCUGACAAGUUACCAGUUUUUGCUUUUCCAUCUAAAUUCCUUCCUCCUGUCCAAAGGUCCCACUGGGUAAUCUUCCCAAGAUUGUUGUGGCCCUGACUUCAGGGGCCUUAUGAGUGCGAUGCCUCUCCCAUGUGUGUUCUGUUCUGAGACCUCAGACCCUGAAGUGGGACUUGGCAACCCUCCUGCAUGGCCCCAGGAGGGCUCCUCAACCGGCCAUGGCUGCUCCUGAUGACCCGGAGAGUCAACAACAGAAAGGUUCUUUCUUGGUCUGGACAGGCCUCCCACCCUGGUGGAGUCUGUGCCUUCAUUCAGAGCUCUGGAGAAGACUGUCAGCCUAGGCUUUCCCCUGCCUGCGGUGGAGCUUUCAGCCACAGGAGCACUGACGCUGGCAUUGCCUGGCAGUCUGAGGGCAUGCCCUCCAGGCACACAGGCCCCUCAUCCUGACCUGAGCUGUGCUGUGGUCAGAUCCCUGUGCUGUUUUCCAAGGCUGCAGCUCACACCGGGUUUCUAAAUGAGAAUUCCUGCUGGUUCCACUUGUUUCCCUGGAGAUGUUUUUCCAGGAGCAUAGUGUACAUAAAGUCUUUGAGUUGAGACUAAA